AUCGAUUAGAGCUUUCUCCCUUGAGCUUCCAUGGUUUAGGGUGGAAUGUAAAGCUUGUGAUUGCCAACCUCGCUGUGAUAUAAACAAUGCGAAGCAGAUCACCUCUUUUUCACUUGGCAACAUCAAAGUGCUCUUAUAACGAUUUGUUUCUGCACACGAUUAGCAGAAUCGCAAACUUACUCUAACUUUCGCAUUCAACAAACUACCAUGGCCGACACAGCUGAAGCUUCUGGAGCUGAUCACCAGCAGGAACCCGCCAAGCGCAACAGAGUGGUUGACUCUGUUGGAGAGAAAGCUCAAGAGGUCUUUAAGGAAGACUAUGCCCAGGCUAGAGAGCAUGUCGCCAGCGCUGCCAAGAGCCGAUCCUACCUCUACCCGAUCAAGGGAAUUUUCUACUUCAUCUCCCAUCGCUCACUUUGGAAGCCAUUCAUCUCCAAGCUCGGUCCUCUGAUCCUCCUCUCUACCGGGGUCAUUGGUGGCAUGUUCUUCUUUACAUACUUGCCACAGCUCGCCGUACUAUUCUUCGUGAACGGCCCUAUUGCGCCCUUCUCUACGGUUCUGUUGGUUCUCAAUGAGAGUACCACCAUCAUCAACCUUGUGUCUCGCAACUACCUCCUUCAAGAUGCCCUUCUCGAUGUGUUUGAUGGUACACUGCUUGCCCGUGGAGAUACCCAAAUAGUGAGCGAGGGACGAGAGGUCAAGUCUGGGGCAGAUCCGAUGCAGAAACUUGGCAAGAUCAUCAAGAGCCCCUUUGAGAAGUUCAGCCCCAAGGCUAUUGUCCGCUACGUGAUGUACCUGCCUCUCAACGCCAUCCCGGUUGUUGGUACGGUGAUCUUCAUCCUCAUCCAAGGUCGUACACGAGGCAAGGGAGUUCACGGCCGGUAUUUCCAGUUAAAGAAAUGGUCGCAACCCAAGAGGGAGGACUGGCUUACCAAGAAUGUUGGCCCCUACACUGCAUUCGGACUAGUUGCCACUCUUCUCGAGAUGAUUCCUGUAGCUUCAAUGUUCUUCACAUUCAGCAACACAGUUGGAGCUGCCCUUUGGGCUGCUGAUAUCGAGGACAAGAAUGCCUCGAUGACUGAUGGAACUGCCCCUACUCUGCGUGAAACCGCAAAAAAAGCCGAAUAAACGCAUCUGUCUUUGUACAACAGGCUAAGCCUCAAAGCCACGCAACAUCCAUGAUCUGCGAGACAUUGUGUCCAAAACAUGAAAACAAAGUAAUAAUAUGGAUUUGGUUUUGAUCUUCUGGGGGGUGGAGGUUUGUAAAAUUGGAGGAUGCAUGAGGCAAUCGCGAGUUCCUGCCUGACCUAAAAAUUCAGGCGAGCGCUUUCGCAAAUAUAGGAAGGAAUGUCCAGUAGUCACAUCAGCCAGUAAGGAAGGAAGGG